AUGGGCAAAGGCAAAGUAUGCUUGGCUUACUCAGGCGGUCUCGACACCAGCUGUAUCCUCCGCUAUCUGCUCGAUGAAGGCUAUGAGGUGAUCGCCUUCAUGGCCGACGUAGGCCAAGAGGAGGACUUCAAAGCAGCAAAGGAAAAGGCACUCAAGAUCGGAGCCAGCCAAUGCUACAUCGAAGACCUGCGCCGGGAAUUCAUCGAAGACCUCUGCUACCCGGCGAUUGCCUCCAACGCCAUAUACGAGAACGUCUACCUCCUUGGCACCUCCCUCGCCCGUCCGGUCAUCGCUCGCGCCCAGAUCGCUGUAGCACAAAAGGAAGGCUGCUUCGCGGUCUCGCAUGGCUGCACAGGUAAAGGCAACGAUCAAGUCCGCUUCGAGCUCGCCUUCUACGCUCUUCAGCCCUCGAUCCAAGUCAUCGCGCCAUGGCGCGACCCAGUCUUCUACAACAAAUUCAAGGGCCGCAACGAUCUCCUCGACUACGCCUCCUCCAAGGGUAUCCCAGUGACGAGCACUAAGAGCAAGCCCUGGAGCAUGGACGAGAACCUGGCGCACUGCAGCUAUGAAGCCGGCAUCCUCGAAGACCCCAACACGACUCCGCCAGAGGACAUGUGGAAACUGACGGUCGACCCUCUCAAAGCUCCUAAUGAGCCUGAAGAUUUCACACUGCAUUUCAAGCAAGGUCUGCCUGUCAAGCUUGAAAGCAAAGACGGCGCGAAAACAGAUGCCGUCGAUCUGUUUCUCACCGCCAACGCCAUUGCCCGCCGACAUGGUGUAGGACGUAUCGAUAUUGUAGAGAACCGCUUCAUUGGCCUGAAGUCCCGAGGCUGCUACGAGACCCCUGGCCUGACUAUGCUUCGUUCCGCUCACAUCGAUCUCGAAGGCUUGGUCAUGGAUCGUGAAGUUCGCGCACUUCGUGAUCAGUUCCUCACUUUCAACUACGCCAAGCUUCUGUAUAACGGCUUGUACUUCAGCCCUGAGCGAGAGUUCCUGGAGUCGUCCAUCACGGCCUCGCAAAAGAAUGUGAACGGUAGCGUGAGGUGCAGGGUCUACAAGGGCAUGUUCACCGUGCUAGGCAGAUGGUCAGAGACGGAGAAGCUGUACGACGAGAGCGAGUCGAGUAUGGACGAGAUUGGGGAUUUCGCGCCACAAGACACUACCGGUUUCAUCUCAGUCAAUGCGAUCAGGCUGAAGAAGUACGGAAAGGCGAAGGAGGAGAGCGGCGUCUCCCUCGUCACGAGGGGAAGCACGAAGGCUACUUGA